CAUAUCAAUUAAGCAAUGCUUUCCAAAAUUCACAGUAUUCACCGAACUUAGCAUGCAUGACACAUUUGCCACUGGACAUAAAACAAACAACAAUCAGUUAAUAAAGUAUUUAUACAAGAUUAUCAUAAUUUAUUUUACUAGAUCGUGGUUAAACCCUCUGGUAUUAUGUGGCAUGGCAGUAGAUGCGUGUCGUUCCACGAAGUGGCAAAUGUGGAAGACAUUUGUAAAGCUGUGACGGACUUUUUAUCCAUAUUGGAAGUAGAAAAUGCUGUAAUGAUUGAGGGAUUUUAUCACCCUGUAGAAUCAACAAACCCAAAACUAGCUGAUUAUUCGUUCAGAUUGAGGACCAAUGUAUGCAGAAGAAUAGACGAUACACCAACUGCAACCCAGAUGGUUUGUGGGAUAGGUCUGAAAAAAUCAACCAAUCAAUGGCGACAACCCUAUUCCACAUUCAUUCGAAACAACAAUGCAAAUGUGGAACAUGGAUAAAGCAGAAAUAAAACGACUAUUACAUACUGUAUCCCAAGGUU